AUAUGGCUUCCACAGAAAACCAGUCCAUUAACAAAGAAGACGACAAUGCAUGUCUCUAUGCCAUGCACGUGUCCACCUCUCAAAUCUUUCCCAUGGUGUUGACCGCUGCCAUUGAGCUCAACCUGUUCGACACAAUUGCUAGUCUUCGGGCAAACAGCGAUGCUUACGUGUCGACCUCUGAGAUUGCUUCUCAGCUGCCCACAAAAAACCCCGACACCCCUUCUCUGCUUGACCGCAUGCUCCGUUUACUUGCCACGUACUCACUUCUUACUUGCUCUAUGCGCACAUGCGAAGAUGGAAGGGUUGAGAGACUUUAUGGACUCUCACCGGCUGGCAAAUUCUUUGCUCAAAAUGAAGAUGGCGGCCUCCUAAGUUCCAUGGCAUUACUUCAUUCUCAACCAAAUACAGCAGAGCUUUGGCGACAUCUUAAGGAUGGUAUUCUUGAAGAAGGUAAUCUAGAUCUACAUGAAAAGGUCUAUGGGAUCUCCGGCGUCCAAUACCUGGAAAAUGAUCCAAAAUUGAACAAAAUUUUUAACAAGGCUAUGGCUGAUCUCUCCGAAAUAACCAUGAAAAAAAUUCUUGAGACAUACAAAGGAUUUGAGGGAGUAUCAAUGCUGGUUGAUGUUGCUGGAGGCACUGGAGCAACCCUGAACAUGAUCAUUUCCAAGUACCCUUCAACUAAAGGCGUCAACUUUGAUUUGCCUAAUGUGAUACAACAUGCGCCAUCUUAUCCAGGUACCAUAAUCCUUUAA